CGUGCUGAAACAGUCUCGCGAGAUAAAAUAAAAUUCCAGCAGCAAAUCUGUGAGCCUGCGACCUCCCUCCAUUGGAAAAGAUCUUGCCCGAAAGAGAAAAGAGGGUAGAUCCUGGGACGUAGUAACGGAAACAAAACACUAAAAACACAUUUAUGAUCACAUCACUCGGCAAGAGCUCUCAACAUCGCUCUCCAUGGCACGUUUGAACGGGGAAGCCAGAAGACCAGAAUUACAAAUAAGAAGGUCCUAGCAAGAAAUUUGGGAGUGGGAUUUCAUUGCUGUGUUAGCUAGCUUGCUAGCAGUUUAGCUAAAAAGCAAGGGUAAACUUCAGUAGCCAGCUAGCUAACAUCAGCUGCUACGACCUGGACUGUACAUCCAGCUACCUCCUUCGUUAUUUUUCUUUUACAAAUGGGAUCCGUUUAUUACUCCACGCACGCUAAAACUUCCGAGUUGGACGCUACAAAUAAAAUACGAUUACCGUGUUGACCUGUAGCAUAACAGCUUAACGGUAUUUAUUAUCAAACUAGCCAGCUAGCUAAUUGCUAUCGGUUUUUAACACAGGCCAUAGAUGAUCAUUGGAGAUCGUUGCAGAAAGGUAGCUAGCUAGAAAGCUGGCUAUCAGUACCUGGCAACUACUAGCUAGCUAAAUGCAAAGGAAAUUGGAAACUUUUAGCUAGCUAGCUAGCUAAACACAACCCGAAAAACUAAACAAAAAACUAAGACCAUCUGAUUAUCUAAAUACAUGGAAAUUGAAAUGUUACUUAGAUCAUGUAUUGGAUCGUAAACCCAUUGUUCCAGAUUGGAUGAGGAUCUGUGGAGAUAACAGGAUUGGCCCCAUUGGUAUUAUCGAAUUUCGAAGUAUUCCCAUUUUAAGGUGAACGGAAGAUAAACAGCUCCGAGGAAAAUGUCUGGCGCUAAAGAGAAUCCUUGCAGAAAAUUCCAGGCGAACAUUUUCAAUAAAAGCAAAUGUCAAAAUUGCUUUAAACCGCGGGAGCUGCAUCUGUUGACUGAUCAAGACCUGAAUCAGGCCAAGCCCAUUUAUGGAGGCUGGCUGUGUUUGGCCCCGGAGGGAACGGAUUUUGACAAUCCAAUGCAGCGAUCCAGGAAAUGGCAGCGCCGAUUCUUCGUCCUGUAUGAACAUGGCUGCUUGCGCUUCGCUUUAGAUGAAUCGCCAAGUACUUUGCCGCAAGGAACUGUAAACAUGAACCAGUGCAUAGACGUCAUCGACGCGGAACCCAGGACUGGGCAAAAGAACGCGCUGUGCAUCAUCACGCCUGAGCAGGAAUACUUCAUCCGUGGUGAAAACAAAGAGAUCAUCAACGGAUGGAGUGAGCAGCUAGUGGUGUACCCACGGACCAACAAGCAGAACCAGAAGAAGAAGCGCAAGGUUGAACCCACUACUUCCCAGGAGCCGGGCCCAGCAAAGGUGGCUGUGACCGGCUCUGGUAUCCCUGAAGCGGAGAAGGUCCCAGAUUCUCGGUCAAUCAUAUGGCAGGAAGAGCUUCACAGCAGGGAGGCAGAUGUGCCACAGGUGUGGCCUUCAGCUGACAUCCCUCCCCUCGGCUCACCGCUGCCUCCUACAGGGGAAGCAGCGUCUGCAGACCUGAACUCUGACCAGGGCUCAGUGAACGGGGACGAGGUCGACCGAGGCGGGCUCCCUUUCCAUGGCACCGCCCCGCAGCCUCCCCUCGACAUCCUGUCCCCAACGGGCAGCACGUCGAGCCGGCACAGCGGGGAGCUGGGCGGCAUCCCCCGCUGCCACUCCCCUGCCCCCAGCGACCCCUUCCCCUCCGGCAGCAGCCUGCUCUCCAACGGCUCCCACAUCAGCGGCUCCAUGAGCUCCCUGGACUCGGACGCCAGCGGCAGCACCGUCACCAGCACGGACAGCCACCCCGCCGAGCCCCUGCAGCGCCCCCACCGGGCGGCCGGCCUCCACGACGCCACGCGCUCGCGCCGGCACGAGGCCGAGGCCCGCAAGGCGGAGAAGCGCAGCCGCGUGCGCAGCCCCGAGAGGCAGGAGGCGGAGCCACUCUUCAGCCCGGAGAGGAGCAGCCGCUCCAAUGUGAUCGAGAAGCUGGAGGCGCUGGAGCUGGAGAACGCGGAGAGGAUGGAGGUGGAGGAGGCGGGCCGGAGCGGGGCGCGGCAGGGCCGCAGCGAGACCCGGCGAUUCCAGAGAGAGGAGCAGAGGCAUGAUCCAGCACAAGGUGUAGAUUUUCACCAUUCCACCCUUCCACCCCUGAGACGAGCCAAGUCACUGGAUCGAAGGACUACAGAAUCUGUCAUGACACCAGACUUGCUGAACUUCAAGAAAGGCUGGAUGGUGAAAUUGGAUGAACAGGGGCAGUGGAAGAAAUACUGGUUUGUACUGACGGACCACAGUCUGCGAUACUACAAGGAUUCCAUUGCAGAGGAGGCCUCAGAUUUAGAUGGGGAGAUAGACCUGACUACCUGUUACAAUGUCACUGAAUACCAGGUCCAGAGGAACUAUGGCUUCCAGAUACAUACCCAGGAGGCAGUGUACACACUGUCCGCCAUGACUGCUGGUAUAAGGCGGAACUGGAUACAGGCAGUGAUGAAGAAUGUGCGGCCUUCCACUGCACCAGAUGUGGCCAGUUUGGCAGACGAUCACGGGCCUUGCGGGGCCCUGGAAACUUUGCUGAAGCCCGACGUGACGCAGGACUCGCCCUCCUCUGAAGCCUCAUCCGUGGAGAGGGAGCCGGGUCCCAAAAAGAGCCGCGCCAGAGAACGGAGGCGCGAGGGCCGCUCCAAGACCUUUGAUUGGGCUGAGUUCCGCCCCAUAGCCCAGGCACUCGCCCAGCAGCGGGCGCAAGAAGCCGACACCCUCCAAGCUGAGCUUGGGGACCUGGAGCGCAGCAAGAGGCGUGAGGAGCGUCGGAAGAGGUAUGAAUCUGUGACACUCGAAACCGCUGUAGACGGUGGCAAGAUGGACGUCGAGAGUAGUGGUGUCGGUGAGCCUCAGCCCCCCUCGCCUGGGCGACAGCAGAGGGUGCAGGACGAGAUCGAGCAGCACUGGCAGCAGGUGGAGAAGACACCCAUUCGGGAUGAACGGCGGGUCCCCUUGUCCUCGGCUCUGCAGACCAGAGAGACGGCUGAGCUGGAGAAGCUGCUAGAAAGUUACAAGAAGGGGGUAGAAGAGCUGAAACUGCAGCUUGAGAGUUGUCAUCAUCAGCUGGCGGAUUCCAACCACCAAAAGCAGGAGCUGGAGGACCAGCUGAGAACAGCGCUGGAGCGUGAGCAGCAGAUCCGGUCUGGCUACAUCUCACCGCUGGAGUCCCCUUUGGGUCUUGAGGCUGAACUUGAGUCCCAGAAGAAGAGACAAGAGCUGGUUAGUUCUCAAGCUCAGAACCUAAAAAAGAAGUACCAGGAAACCAAAGAGCUCCUGCAACAACAAGAAUUGAAAAAGCGCAGCAUGCAGGCACAGCUUGGCCUUUCUCUGUCACCCCUGUCCACCAAGGAACCCUAUCUAACCAAAGUCCAAAGCACAGACAUCUCUGAAACCCAGCCACCUGAGCCAGUUCACACAAAAACAUUUAGCAUUUUGCUGCAGGAUAGGGAGUCCAAGCUUCAGGAGCUAGAGAAAUUGAUUUCUGGAUGUCCAUUAACUGUGAGAGGGUUUCUGAAGUUGCUGGGUUCCCACAGUGAGUUCUCCCAAGAGGAUCGUAUUCACACUGUGGAAGGGUACGAGCAGGGCAACUUUGGGGACAGGACCUGUUGUCAGAAGGUGUUUGAUAAUCUGAAAUAUCAUCAAGAUUUAGAGAUCGAGGCCCUCAGGAAGAGCCUGUCCAAGGCUGGCGAGAGCAUUCGUGACUACGAAGUGCGAUUGCUGAGCAUGGAGAGCAUGCUUGGAAGGGCACAGCGGCAAAAAAUGGAAAGCCUGAAGGGCCACUAUGGGCCACCAUAUCAAAUUGAGGAUUAUGCUGAAACAAAUGAGGUUAAGAGGCUUUCACAGCAGGUGGAGCUGCUCACCAAUGAGAAUAAAGUGUUGAAUCAACGCUCCCAGGAGAUCUUAAAUCAACUGACUGAGGCCGAUAGGGAGAUAGAGAGGUUGAAGGCUGAGCUCUUCAACCAGCAGGGUGGACAGCAGCACCUUCUGGUGGUGGAGGAACUGAAUCAAGUCAAAGCUAAGCUGGCAGAAAGGGAGGCUGAUUCUUUUGACAGAGAGUUUUAUGAGAGAGAGUUAAACAAGAAGUCUCAAAAGCUGGAGGAAGCUCUCAUCAGAAUCGAGGUUCUGGGCAACAAUGUGAAGGAUACAGAGAGGAAGUUGCACUUAAAGGAAGCCACUCUGAAGGGUUUAGGCUUCCAGAUGACAGAAGAUAAUGACAGUCUUUUGCUUCUGGAAGAGAAAGAAGAGCUGUAUCAUCGACUGGAAGCCACCGAGGCCAGGCUGUGUGAAAAGGAGAGGCAGCUGUGCUCUGCUGAGAAGUCCUACACAGAGCUUCAGGCCCAGAAUGCAGAGCUCAUAGCGAACAACCAGAGGCUGGAAAACAUCUUUUGUCAGAAGCUUGCUGAGGCACAGAGUCAAAUUAACAUGAUGCAAGAGAACAAUGAGGGAUUUAGGAAGUCAGACCUAGGGGAAGGAGAAGUGUAUGGAUGUAAGGAGCAGGCACAUGGCUCUGAAAGAUCAGUUUCAGAUGAGAAAGUUAUUCAGCAAGUGGUAGAAGACAUGAAAAUGAAGUCGGAGGCUCUCCGCAAAGUAUGUGAGGUGGUAGCGAAGGUAGAUAUUAAUGUGGAGCCAAUGUUUAAGGAGUGGAAAAGUGCUGUGCAUGGCAGUGUACCUAGCCUCCUGCAUUCUGAAGGAGAGAAUGUGGAAGUGAAUCAAGAGGUGAGGAGCAAGUUGCUCCUUGAAGGAGAGUUUUGGGGAAGGCUGUUGAGUGCAGUCAAGAUUAGUUCAACCCAGCUGAAUGAAAGUGAGACUGUAGGUAGCUUUGUACAGAAUGUGGUACAGCGCAUGAUAACUGAGAAGAGGUUGUUACUUUUAGCAAAUACUCUUUUUCCUCAAGCAGAGAUGGGGAUACUUGUGGGUAAAAAAGGAAUAGGCAACAAAGUGGAAGGAAUAGCACAAGUAAGCAGGGCAAGUGAUGAAAUAAGCACCCAAGUUAAAAAAGAGAAAGGAGUUUUAUAUUUAAGCGAUUGGCUUGAUAAUGAUAUACAUGCUCUCAUCUGGAAAGAUCUCCUCGAGACUCUACAAGAGAAAAUCUUCUUGCUGAAUCAAGCUGCCUCCAUUAUGAAUGCCUCCACAGACACAGAGCUCCAUUCUUUGGUACUAAAACUUUGUGAAUCUCAGAACCAGAAGAAAGAUUGGGUUACAUAUGUUCAGGAGGCAUCCAUGGAAGCUCAUUCGUCCUAUCUGAUGAGCAGGCUAGAUGUUAGACACAAAAAAGAGGUUGAAGAAUUGCAGCUGAGAUUAGAGUCUUUGGAUACUUGCUGCAUAAAUUGUGCCAAAUUGAAGAGGCAGAAUGAAGAGCUCCAAAACAAACUGGAGACUAAGGAGAGGGUGGGAGCAGUCCCCCAAUCCCCAGUGAAAGGGGAACAUAAGCCAGUGAUGCACAUCCAGAUUGAAGGAGAGCCCAUUGACUCGCUGGAUAAGGCCAUCCAGCUGCAGGAUAUGGUGGCAAAGCAUAAGAAAGAGCUGCGCGAGGUGAAGGAUGAGUAUGAGCUGGAAGCAAACAAGCUGAGGGAAGAGGUGGCCAAGGCAGGGGAGACCCUCAGACUGAGGUCAGAAGAGAACAUCAAGGAGAUCGACUCCCUGACCAUCUGCAUGGAGAACAUGAAGAGAAAGCACGAGGUAGAGAGAAGCAUCCUGGAGGAGACUUUUGAAAAGAAGAUGGAGGACCUCAGGAACACAUUGGCACCCAAGGGAGCUGAGACCCCCCCAGAGAGUGAGCCGUGUCCCACUUCCUCACUGAAAGAACGCAUAAAGGAGCUGGAGUCGCAGGUCUCUGUCAUGACAGAGGAGAUGAAGCAGCGUGAAUGUGAAGAUGAUGCGGCGUCUCUCCGGCUGAAAUACGAGAAAGACCUUGAAAGCCUGAAGGCCACGUGCGAGAGGGGCUUUGCGGCCAUGGAGGAGUCCCACCAGAAGGUGAUCGACGAGCUGCAGCGAAAGCACCAGCGCGAGAUGGAGAACCUGCAAGAGGAGAAGGACAGGUUGCUGGCUGAGGAGACAGCAGCCACCAUCGCCGCGAUCGAAGCAGUGAAAAACGCACACCGCACAGAGCUUGAGAGGGAGCUGGACAAGGCACGGAAAGCCAACAACAACACGGAGAAUGCCGAUAUCGAGGAGAUCCGCAGGCUGCACGACGAGGAGCUGUGCUCCUUUCACCGCGAGAUUGAGGUGCUGUCGGAACAGUACUCUCAGAAGUGCCUGGAGAAUGCACACCUUGCCCAGGCUCUGGAGGCUGAGAGGCAGGCAUUGAGGCAGUGCCAGCGGGAGAACCAAGAGCUCAAUGCGCACAACCAGGAGCUGAACAACCGUCUUGCUGCAGAGAUCACCAAACUGAGGUCAAUGACCAGUGACGAUGCGGGGGACUCCUGCACCAUGAUCCAGGGAAAGGAGCUCUAUGAGCUGGAGGUGAUGCUGCGGGUUAAGGAGUCAGAAGUGCAGUACCUGAAGCAGGAGAUUAACUCUCUGAAAGACGAGCUCCAGGCUGCCCAAAGAGAUAAAAAGUAUGCGACUGAUAAGUACAAGGACAUAUACACAGAGCUGAGCAUUGUAAGGGCCAAAGCGGAACGUGAUCUGGGCCGACUUCGGGAGCAGCUGCAGCUUGCCCAUGAGGCAAUGGGAGAGCCCUCGAUGGAGGACGUGGAGCGCAGUGGCUAUGAUAUUAUGAAGUCCAAAAGCAACCCGGACAUCCUCAAGAUGGCUGCUGCGGCCGCCAAACGUUCAGAGCGCACAAUGAGGUCAAAGAGACACAGGGAAAGGCAUGUGCUUGCAGUAGUAUGGAGAGUGCGACAGCUCGAAACACCCCAUGCGCUGGCAGGAAAAUAGAGCGCUAAGAGUUGGAGCAUUUACUGCAAGUAGGCAUGUUAUUUCAGCAGCUGGGUUUUUUCAGUCACAGAAGGCUGUCACUGAAUGUGGUCUGUGGGUCACACGGGGGUGGGGGGGAAAGCACUUUUAACCAUUUCGGCUACAGGUAUAUAAUCAGAGUGCCUCUUUCCCUGUUUCAUUAUGUGUUCACCAGAAAGGGCCACCAUGCUUUCUUAGGACCUAGUUUCAUUCAGUCUACAAUGAUGCAUUCCAUCAUGACUCAGAAACUUCUCCAGUGGAAUAUCAAAGCUGAGAUGAGCACGGUUGUGUGGAAGAGAAAAGGCCAUGGUGUUUCUUAAUUUGCACAAGGUGUUUGUGUGGUUUUUAUGGUUUUCUUCACACCUCACUGUUUCAUUAAAGAACACUCAUUCACUAAAUCACACUGCAUGCAAUGUUACAUGUGUUUUCCUUGUUUAAGUAAUUUCUAGGUAAAGGUGAAAGGUAAGGAGCAACAAAUUGGCAUGCAACCCAAAUGACCGAGGUUCAGCUACUGUAUUUCCCUGAAUGUUGCAGUGCAAUUUUGCAUGCUGUGACUCGGGCUAAACCUACACUGUGAGUGCAAGUAAUAAAAGAAAAAUUCAGUGAGCAUCAUACAUCGGGUAUAUGAGGGAGUACAGACGUGCAGGUCUGAACAUCACUGGCUUUGCCUGUGCUUGUCUGUUGUUUGACGAGUGAUGUUUUCUUGUAUAUGUAUUAUCUGCAUUAUGAUUGUGACAAUUAAGCAAUCGACAAAAUGGUUGCAAAGCUGCAAGAUCCCUGCAUUCUACAGAAAGAUGUCUAGACUUGAAAUGGCAAGGUGUCAUAUCUUCUUACAGUUUCUUUAAAUGACAUAAGUGAGAUUCAGAAGUAGUGGAGUUUGAGACCAUUUUGUUUUGAUUCGCCGCAUUUGUAUAAGGGGCAUGGCAGGAAAUUUUGAAUGCUAUUGCAUGAAUCAUCCUAUGCAUAUUCAUGUCAAAUGGCAAGUUUUUUAAAAAGUAUUUUAUUUAUUAAUGAAAGGCUUCAAGCUUUAUUAAAUCCAAAUAAUUGUAUCAUUUCCCCUUUAUAUAUAAUCACUAAAAUUUAAUCUGCAAAGUUUAAUAGAUGUGUUUAAAGUAUUUUUAUAUUUUUACUAUGGAUUCAUUCAUUUUGCUUUAGUAUAAUUGCAUGUUGAAAAAGACACUUAGCUGUUUUUACUGAGGAUGUUUAGAUGGAGACAUGGUCAUAAACACAGGAAUGUUUUAAUGGUGCAGGAUAUUUUGUAUAACCCCAGCACGGAAGGUGUGUCCUUUAAUGCAUGUACUGUAACAGUUUCUACAUAAAUUCCUCAGCCUUGUCUCUGUAAAAUUGUUUCAUCGGGCUAUAAUUUACCAAAAUAUAAUAUUUUUUGAGAUUCCUGCUAGAUACAAACCACACCAGGAGGUAGUAGAACAGAGUGGUGUACUGUAGAUAACAGAACCUCUAAUCUGCGAUGUCAUUGUGUCUCCAAGCAUGUUACUGUUUUUGAAACUGCAAGAUGGACAUUUCGACCAUGUCAGAAUCUCUUCAUAAUUGCUGAUUAUCUGUUUUGUGUCUUUCA